GCCCCUCGUUUCCAAGUCUCGAGAAUGCCACACUUCACACGGCUUGCCGGUCAUCCAUCAUCUAACUGAUGCUCAGUACUUAUCUACUACACAAGGAACGACUACAUGUCUCCGCGAGAAGUAACCGUCAACACCAGCACCAUGUUGAAAGGGGGAGCCCUCUGCACAGACCUGGCAGCCGGGACGAUCUAGCUGUGUUGCCUUGGAUUUGCCUGACAUGUCGCCCCCAGGGCCUGGGAUGUUUUGGCUCGGUGAUUGUCGCGGGCUUUCCGCCCGUGUGGUGGGUGUUGAUGUAGCGUCGCCAUCCCCGUUACCCAUUUCCCUCCCGUCUCAAACUACCAUGCAAUUUUUUUUCUUCUUCCCAUUUUCGCCCGGUGGAUUUGCCGGACUCUGCCCAAUGCCCAUGGCCGUUUCCAGAUUUUCCCCAUGACUCUUAAUGUGGUUGCUUGUCGACUCGAGUUCACGUUUUACAGGUGCCUACUUCGUGACAAUGACACCGCCACCCAUGACAGCCUGCGAAUCGUAAGUGCGACACUUCUUCCCACCGCUUCCGCGCUCGCGCUCGCUAGCCGAACAUGAACCAUUUCUCCCAUGUCCCCGUUCCGUUCCUACUUGUAUAGAUUAUACGCAUAGAGCGCAGAGCAUACAAAGAGGUCUCUCACCCCUCCCUCCCAUCUUGUCUCCCGCUGCGCACACUUCCCGCCCAUCAAUGCCCGUUCUGGAACGUGUUCGCCUGGUUGCUGAGCUGAGGCAGGUGCAAUCUCGGGGUUUGUAUCCGUCCAAAAUAGACCACACAGUGUCGACAGUGUAAACCCUGGAAACAACGGAUGAGGGUGGUCGACUGGUGGAACCACAAAUCGGCUGUCCAAGCUUCCGCCAGGUCCCAUUCUGUGCUAAAGUAACGCCACUGCGCUGUAAUUUUUUCUGUCCUGGAGAGAUUAAACUAGUCGCGUACGGGUAUGGCCUAUGGCAGGAAAGAGCUUCCCCUUGGCCUCCUCCCAACUCCUUCCCGCCCCAUCCCCAAAUCAAACACCCCCCUAAUUAAUUCCUCCACCCGUCCGUCCCCGUCUCUCUCACCACCCUCCACUGUUCCACCGAGCCUCAGUCACAUAGCCCCGGCCUCGCCUCCAAGUUUCUCUCCCGGCCCUCCCGGCUUUUGGCUCCUUUUCCCUCACUCACGGAUAGACCGCCUGCUUUUGCCUACUUUACCUUAUCUUUAAUACUUCUUCCUCCGCGUCGCCUCCUCGCAUCGACGCCUUUCUCUCUUUUUUGAUAGGGCCUGCCACUCCGACUGCCACCUCUGCUGCGACACUACCAGUCCUCUCCCUUUGUUGUUAUUCAACUUCCAUCUUGUCCACCUGGGACUUGGUCGCCGAACACUCAAAGCGACCCUACGCGCUGACACAGCCCGUCCGAUUUCGAUUGUCUACAGCUGCAGACAAACCCCCCAACAUCCAACGCAACAUGCCGUCGCGUACUCUCCCUACAUUCACUCGCGCCGAGGUCGAGGCUCACAACACCAAGAAAUCAUGUUAUGUCACCAUUGGCGCCAACGUUUACGACGUGACCGACUUCGCCCAAGAUCACCCUGGUGGCGACGACCUGGUCUUUGAGUAUGCGGGCAAGGACGUUGAGGCAAUCCUGCGCGAUCCUACCUCUCACCCCCACUCAGAGGCGGCGUACGAGGUCCUUGACGACUCCUUGGUCGGUUUCGUUGUCAACCAGAAGGCCGUCAACGGAUCAGUCAGCGGGUCGGUCCAUAAGGUUAACGGAACAUCGAAUGGCAAAGCGAACGGGCACGCGGACGGGGACGUCAACGUCAACGGCAACGGCGCGGCCGAGACUGAAAACGAGGGUGUCAAGAUGAACGAGCACGGCGAGCUCUGGGACGGCGAGCGUUGGGUUCACCCCCGGACCGGUAUGGCCAGCGAGGAUGACUUGAGCAAGGAAACCGAUUACACCACCGACUACAAGAAACACAAGUUUCUCGACUUGAGCCGUCCUCUUUUCCCGCAGAUGUGGUAUGGCGGUUUCAGCAAGGAGUUUUAUCUCGACCAAGUUCACCGCCCUAGGCACUACAAGGGUGGCGAGUCCGCGCCUCUGUUCGGCAACUUCCUCGAGCCUCUGUCCAAGACGCCCUGGUGGGUUGUUCCACUUGCAUGGCUCCCGCCUGUGGCAUACCACCUCUACCUUGCCCGAGAUGGCAUGGAAAGCACCACGCAGGAAUUCCUGUACUUCGGGCUUGGUCUUUUCCUCUGGACUCUGAUCGAGUACAUUCUCCACCGUUUUCUGUUCCAUCUCGAUCAGUGGCUCCCUGACAACCGAGUGGGCAUCACCGCGCACUUCCUCCUCCACGGCAUUCACCACUACCUUCCCAUGGAUAAGUACCGCCUGGUCAUGCCCCCGACGUUGUUCGUCGUUCUUGCCACCCCAUUCUACAAGCUUGCCCACUGGGUAUUCUCGUACAGCUGGCACGCCGCUACGGCCGUAUUCUGCGGAGGCAUCUUCGGCUACAUCUGCUACGACCUGACGCACUACUUCCUCCACCACCAGAACCUGCCUCUAUGGUACAAGGAGCUCAAGAAGUACCACCUUCAACACCACUUUCUCGACUACGAGCUCGGUUUCGGCGUCACCAGCCGGUUCUGGGACAGCGUCUUUGGCACGGAACUGCCUCCCAUCGUGAAGGCCAACUAAUUUCCUCCCACUCGGGCCACGCCGCUACAACUACACCAUACACAUAGUCAUGAUGACGACUUCUGGGGCCUAUUUACUAAUGCCUGAUGGAGCAGUGUCUGCUCUUCUUCCUGAUCACUUUGCCCCCCCCCUGUAUAUACGCUUUUAGGGCUACUUUAACGCUGUAAUGUGUUCGUUUCAUGGGCGUUCUUAGGAGACGGCUCAAGAUGGGUCUGACGUAUCACAGCGCCCCAUCCAGCCAUGACACGACUGGGAGGAGCCACCAUAGUCUCAUGGUAGGCUGUUUUAGUACAGAGUAUUUUGAAUGAUACCACAUACCGAUGUUAUGCCAUAAAAGCAACCAGGCUGCACGUUCAUCCCCCCUUCACCCGUGACCGUUGCAGAUGAUGACUUGGAUGUGUCCAUGGUGGGGGAUCAUAGCUUAACC